UUCGAACUCUACUAAUAAUAUUGGUUUUGCGUUGUUAUGGCCGCGCGUUGUUUUGGCUGUACCCGUUUCAUUUUUUCCAGUUUAUUUUUUUUAUUAAUUUCUUUAAGAUGCCGAAGGCAAGUAAACGAAAAUUUAAUCCGGCUGUCAGAAAUGUUCCAACUUUUAAAAAGAAAAAAAUUAAAGUUGGUCGGCAUUUGCCUCAUUUAAACUCUACAAACACCGAAAUUAAAUCUAAAAAAAUUAUUCUUACUGAACAAAAUGUUGUUAAUGAAUUAAGUACUUCUGUUUAUGACAAAAGUGAUGGAAAACCUCAAAUAAAAUCAAUUGACGUUAUUAUUUCACAACUUUCACAUCAUAACGAGAAUAUGAGUAGAACAGCUAUUUGUGGUGUUCGAAAUUAUUUUAAAAACAAUUUGAACGAAUUGCUCCGUCAUUUACACAAAAUUAUUGUUCGAAUUGGUCCAUUAAUGUUAAAAGAACUCAAUCAAAAAAGUACAAAAAUUGAGUUUAAUUGCUUAAUUGAUCAAAUUUGUUCUCUUCCUUCAGAUGUUUUAAAUUCUCAUUUCCAACUUUUUUCUGCUUAUGUUCUCACAGCUAUUUUGGAUGUUCGAAGAAAUAUUCGACAAAUGGCUUUUAAUAUUUUAAUUUUACUUUUCAAAAGAUAUCCAAAAUUGUGUUAUCAAAAGGAGGAAAUUUUUGAAAAAUUUUUGUUGGUUUUGGAUGGACCUAGAAGACCAACAGAUGACAGGAAAGAACUUUUGGAUGCCAUUUAUUUAUUUCUCAUCACAUUCUCCACUUUCUCUGAAAAUUCUUUAAUUUGGCCUGAACGUGAAUUAAAAUUUGAUUUUUCUUGCAAAGAACAAACAAAUUCAACCGUUAGAUUAUUACCAAAUCCAAAUUGUUUUGAUUUUCCUGUUUUGUAUAACAAAACUGAUACAAAAACAUCCUUCCUGCAAAAAUCUGAUUCACUUAUUUAUUGUUGUAAAAUUAUUUGUCCACUUAUUUUGUCUAUAAUUUAUGAAAUGGAAUGUGAAUCUGACAAAGUAGUUAAUCCAAUAAUGUCAAGAAUUAAUUUAACUUUAAAUAAAUUAAUUGAUAUUGUUAUGCGUCGUCGAAUAGCAGAAAAUUCAAAUGCUGAAAAUGAACGUAAAAUUCGUGAACAACUUUUUCGACGAACAUUUGCAGCUUCUGCACGACGUGGCGGUUAUGAUCGUCGGUCAGAUGCGCUAAAACAACAAAGUGAGAAAACAACAGAAAUGCUUAGCAAUUUGGUUUCGAAAAUGAGUGAACAGGUUGAACAAUCUGAACAAAGCACAGGUGCAUUAAUUCAUUCCUCCUCAGUAUUACGAGAUUCCCACUCCAAUUUUGACGCUGUUUCUUCAACAAUUAAAAGCGGAGGAAAAUUAAUUUCAAAAUAUGGAAGACGUGAAUGUACAGAUAAAAUACUUAUUGUGCUCGCAUUACUUUUAUAUUUUGGUGUUUGCCUUUAUAUCCUGAGAAAGCGCAUUCCAUGGCUAAGUUGGAAUUGGUUUGACUGGAUUGGUGAUUGA